AUUUAUCAGAAGUCGAGUAAUAAAAAGAUGUUUCUACAUCUUUUUUGACACUCGAGAAAAAAAAAGCAGAAUACCCCCUUGAAUAUGAAUGACAAUACGAAACCGGAACUCAGUUUUUAUAAAUGAUUAAGUGAAUGAAUGAAGUAGUAUAUAGUAUUCUGAUUAUCAUUUUUCUGCGAAGAAGCAUGUAGAUCAGAGAAGAAUAGCAAUACAUUUUACCCAAUAACAUAUAUUUAAAAUAUUUUCAAUAGGUAUUUAAAUAAAUAAUGUAAAUUUUAGUUCUUUCAAUCUACUGCGUAGUAAAGAUCUGUAGUUGCAAAUGAGGGUACUUUUCAGCCAGGAGAUAAGGCGUACGUUUUUUAUCGCUUUGAGAAAAAUGACAUCAUCUGUGAAAUGGAAUAUGAAAGGUGUGCUUUUGGAUAUAACUGGUGUUUUAUAUGAAAGUGGACAAAAAAUUGCAAUUCCAGGAUCUGUAGAAGCAAUACAAAGAUUAUAUAGUCUGAAGGUGCCCUUCAGGUUUGUUACAAAUGAAACACAACGAACAAGAGCUUCUUUGGUGUCAAAAUUGAGAUCUUUUGGUUUUACUUUAUCAGAAUCAGAUGUGUUUUCACCAGGCGUAGCUGCUAGUCACUAUGUGAAACAAAUGCAGUUGAGACCUUUUUUAUUAGUACAUCCAAAUAUAUUGCCAGAAUUUAGUGAUUGUAACCAAAGUAAUCCAAACUGUGUGGUUGUUGGAGAUGCUGCAGAGCAUUUUUCAUUUGAGAAUAUGAAUAAAGCGUUCAAUAUACUUAUUAAAUCAAAAAAUCCAGUUUUGAUUUCUAUGGGCAAAGGGAGGUAUUAUAAAGAAAAUGAUGAAUUAGUUAUGGAUUUAGGAGGGUUUACUGCAGCAUUAGAAUAUGCUACUGGUGCAGAAGCAAAAAUUAUUGGAAAACCAUCUCCUGAAUUUUUUACGGAUGCUCUUAAAGAUAUGGGGGUAAAUCCAAAAGAGCCUUUUAGCAUGAGGUUCUACAAAUUCUUUGAAUUUUCACAUUUUCACAUAAUUUUCUCACUAAACAGUAGUGAAGAUGAUGGUGACACUUACAAAUUGUAGUAGACAGCACAAGCAGAAGCAAUAAAUAAUUGAAGCCUAGGAAUUAGCAAAAAAGGACAAUAAUAAGAGCAGGUGAGAUGCAAGAUACAGGGAAGUAGAUGUGAAAAAUCGUAUUAGAUACUGUGAUGUUGAUAUUAGUGUGCAUUCUUGCUGAAAUUUAUUUGUAUUUCUUUUAAAUAAAUAAUGUUAUGAUAGC